AUGACUCGGACGGAGUUCAGGCCGUUACAGUUCAACCAGGUGGAGAGGGACGUCCCGGCGGAGAACAAGCGCCGCCUAUUGCCAUGCCGGCACCACCACCUAAUGCUUCUGAGAACACAGGCCUCAACACAGGAAGCAGUAUUCCAAAAUACACAUGAAGUAAUAACAACUAAGUACCCUAUCAUAUUAGUAAGAGAAAAGAAGAAC